AGACAACGCCGUUGGACUGAUAAUUGAGGCAGAAAUAAAUCUGAAAUCUAAUCUAGUAUGGCUAGUGUUUGUGGUCGUAAAAAUCGAAUGGUCGUAGGUUUGCAUAGGUCGUAAGUCGAGCACUAGCUGUAUAUAUUUAUAUCUCCGCCAGUUUCAGCAAAAUGACCUCGAGCUGUGCUGCCAGGAACUAUAAAAUAACUUUUGUACAUUAUUGAUUGUUCCACAAAUCUAUUUCGGGCCACCAAUGUUUCAAUACGGCAGUCCCAUGGUAGCACAUACGUUACUUGUUUGUUAAGUUUGUGGAUGCAUAUUCCAUGUUGGGAACCGCUGCCUUAAGGAGUGACAACAAAAGUUGCCUUUUUACUUUAUUUUUGGAGUGUGACCCUGACUCAUUGUUAGGAGUUUAUACACUUCAGAUAAAGAACAUAAAAUUCUGAAAACAUUAACUCUAACGCAUGAGAUCUUUUCAUCGUCAUCAUCAUCAUCAUCAUCGCCAUAGUUGCCAGCUAAGGGUCACUGGAUGUCUGUGCCAACAAUGGAUGGGGACAACAAGAACAAAGUCGAGCUCCGUAACUUCUCCUCGUGUCAGAGCUCCAAAACCAGCUUACACCUCAUGCUGGAUGCCAGGUGCAAGAUCAUCUGUGCGAGCGCUGAGAUCAGGACAGCCUCACAGAAGGGGGAGUGUCUGGUCGACUGCUCAAAGUCAGUACCGCUCGCAUCGCUCGAAGAGUUGCACAAGGAAUUCAAGCAUCUGGUGGAGGAAUGUUUUAGGCUGAUGAAAGAUCACGCCCUGGAGCACCCUGCUCACGGUGGGCGGCAAGGUAAAGGUCAUUCCUUCACACUUUCCCAUCACAAUAGUUGUAAAUUACAGUAUUUUUUAAUGGAUUACACAUCUUACAACUGAAAGCGCUCUGUCAACACAUACAUUUUUAUUAAAUUUAUUACAGUGUUCUGUGCAUUCAAAAAAUUAUAAUAAUUUUAACACAAAACAACUGAUUCUGUAAAUCUAAUGCAUAUAUAAUGUGUUUCUUCUUAAUGCCAUAGAAUAAGUAUUUGUGCUUUUGUUGUAUAGCCUUUUAACUUCUUGCCCCUUGAAUGGUGUUUUGAGAUACCUAGUGCUUAUCAAUUGUUUACUUCUUUAACUUCCGAACCACAAUCACAAUUUGUGUCUCAGCAACGGACAGCGGUUACUGCAAUUCUUCAGAUAUGGCAACGAUGACUAAUGAACCCGUUGAAACCG